CAAAGGCCAAAUGGUGGCAGGAGCGCGCGGGAGGGCGGCAGGAAAGGGCUUUCCUCUGGAUCCCCGGCGUGUCCAUCCCGGCACCCCCGAUCGCUGCCGCUCGGUAGUUGUGACUUGCGUGUGUGCUGCGGUUACGUUUUCCAAUAGCAGGGUUUUGUUUGGCUCAGUAAAACGUGUGUCAGUCCGGGCUGCGAGCAGGUGGAUAGGACUUGGGGGGGGGGGAAGGGAAAAUAAGCUUGGUCUCCUUUAUACGUUUUGUAGAUUAAUCUCGCUAAUAGAUGCAGUUAAUAGUUUCUGCCUUAGUUAGGCCUGGAAUUUUUCAAACUAUGUUGGAACAGCUAGUUUCCAAAAACAUAGGUAGGAGCCUUGUGCAGUAGUUUUCUGCUUUGUUUUUGAUGUGACUAAAAUUCUGUAGUUCAGGCAUCAGUGUUAAUGUGAAAAAUACCAUUAACAUUGAAAUGAAUGGUAUAAUUUCAAAAUUCUAAAGUGACCCCUAAACAGGUACUAGGAGGGGAAGACAGGGGGAAAAAAUUAAUCUACUAGAGAUAUAAUUCGUAGUUAUUUACAGCUACUGUGUGUCUUCUAUAGUUGUUCUUUUUUGCCUAACAGAUUGGAAAAACUAAACCUAAUAACCUUACCUCUGUACUUCUUCCUGACACUCAUCCCUGUGUGAAAUCAUGCAGGGAAGGAAGAAGUCAUAACCUCAACAGUUACUGUUGCAGGAGUCCUUUAAAUAUAUAGUAAAGGUAUUAAAUUUGAUAACUUCUUGAGUUCAGCUCCUUCUAGCAAAAGAUUGGCCUUCUAAAAAUGCAAGAAACAGUACUGUUUCCCACUUUUUUUUUUCUUUUUAGCUAAGGUGCUAAAGUCUAAAACUUUUCAACAUUUUAAUUUGCUUAUUAGCUUUUUAAGGAUUCUUUAAUGCUAAAUGACUUCACAUUCUAAAACAUGUUCUUUUAUAUUCAGUGUAUAGAAAAUGCAGUGACUGCACACCUCUCCUUGUGACCUAACAAGUGCACUUUAAUGAACCUCAAUAGUGACCUUCUGAUGUCCUGCUGUUUCAGAGCAAAUAGGUUAUGAAUCUUCAUUUGUCUCUUUGUUUGGGGCUUUUUUAAUGUACAAAUAGCGUGGAUUUCUUUAUAAUGGGAAAGCAGUCAGCUUGGAGGAGGAGGAGGAGGAGGGAGAUGUUAAUGUGUUUGUUGCUGUGGGUUAGAUUUGGCUUUCUUAGGUCACCGGCCUUUUACUGCUGUUUUACUGCAUCUUUACAGUUCCGAGGUUCUGUAAGCGGAGGAGCCCUUUGGUAGCAUCAGGCUAUGAGUUGCUAUGUAAGAUGAACUGUAGGCAUUUACUUGCCCAUCUGUCUCAAUGUAAGACUGCCUUUCACUAUGUAUUAUUUUCAGAUUUGUAAAAUAAUGUAUGAACUCUUGAUUUUCGAUCGUGAAGGACUGUGUUGACCCGGAUAGUACUGAUCCUUGCUCUUGUGGUACGUUUUGUGAAGUGGUUUGCUGUAGUUGGGGUCAGGUGUCUGUGUGUGUGUUGUGCACAAACAGGCAUGUUAGGUCCAAUCCUGGCUCUCCACUGUUAGCCUGUUUAAGGGCUUUAAUUCUUGGAAUUAAUAACUGUUUAAUUCUUCAGGUGAAGUUGAAACCCCAAGAGCAUGGAUCAUGCGAUUCCCUCCACAUCGCCUAGCGUAGUCCAUAGUUUGCUGUCACUUCAGCCUUUUCACGUUUCCCAGAGUUUCCAAUGCCUUGAGCUAAUCCAUGAUUUAAUCCAUGUGGUCUCCAGCCAAACUGCAGAUGUUGCUUUAUCAGGGUUUUGAUGGAAAUGAUGCCACACUGAAUAUUAGAUGCAAUCAUAGGAUACCUUGCCAGCCGUCUUCUCAUACUGUUUUUGUUUAUGCUGAAAAUGAGGAGAGUUAGGGAAUUUAAUAAAAAUCUAACUGCUUUUGCAGCCUGUAAGUGUUAGGGGAUAAUUCUGCAAUGCAGUUCUUCACAGUGCAUGGUACUGUCUCCUGAUUAUCUGAGUUUGGAGAUGAUUGCAAAUGUAAAUUGGUGUUCAGUAACCUGAAGAAGUAUCAGUGCAAGAUUUUAUCCUAAAACCUAACACUUAGAGGAUCAGCAUUCUGUAGUACUCAUUUAUGAAAGAUAGUUCCCACAUUUCAUAUGUUCAUGAAUAGGUGAAACUGUUAGGUUCCUCUUAUUCCAGUGUAUUCAUGAACUUCAGAUUUUCUUACUCAUGCUUAUCUGUUUUAAUAGGAUUUAGCACAAAUCAUUUAAAAAGUUGUAUUGAAUUGUGUGCUCAAUGCUUCUGGUUAAAAAAAAUAAAACCACCACACAGUACUGAAACACUCUGGUUUUUUUUUUGUUUUUCCUCUUAAGUCACAUCAUCCUACCUCGGUGGAUGGCUUGGCCUCUUGGGUAGUUCAAGACUCUUGGAUGACCACGCUUUAUGCAAAAUCCAGAAUCUUCCUGCCUGGACUCCUUUCCGUCUUCUGAGGGUAACUACUUGUUCAUGUUGGGGAGAGGUCUAAAGCGCAAGCUGAGUGACUAUGAGGAGAACAUGGCUGGUCUCUCGAGUGCCUUUGACUCCAGUCGAAGUCUGCCAUAUCCACUUAAGAGGCAGUUGGUGCUCAACAUGUGCCUCACCAAGUUACAGACGUACAAAAUGCUGGUGGAACCCAACUUGCACCGCUCUGUCCUCAUCGCCAACACCGUGCGGCAAAUUCAAGAGGAAAUGAGACAAGAGAGUAACCAGCAGCCAGUUAACAUCUGCCCUGGCAUUGCUCCUAGCUCUCACAGCUACACAGGGAUGGAGUCAUCUGCGAUUUCUCUUCAGUUGCCUUCAGGUAUUAGUCAGCAAGAGUCCAACUGUUGCGACUUGCGGUCUGUAGAAGACCCGAUUGAAAACAGCCUGCUGAUAGUUUCGGAUGAUGACAUGUCAUCUGCCAUUUCAUCUAUUCUGAAGGAUUUAGACUUUGUAGAAGAUAUAAGCCCGCCUACUUGUCUGGUUCCUACUGGAGAUGACCAGCCAAAGUUUCCAGAGAAUGCUGGUCUGAAACUAGAAGAUGAUAGGCAGGAUUUGAAGGGAGCUGAAUGUGUGUUUGGUUCCUUUGAGAUUUCAAAUUCAACUAGUUACUUGAAGGAUUUGGCAAUAGAUGACAUUUUUGAAGAUAUUGACACUUCAAUGUAUGAUUCAGACUUCUGUUGCCCUCCACUGAUGCCGCCCAGAUCACCAUCUCUUGCUACAGAAGAACCAUUGAAAAACUUUCCAUCUUGUAAUUCUUCUUCAGCGAGCAACAUUCAGAUAUGUAGAACAGAUCUCAGUGAGCUGGACCACAUCAUGGAAAUUCUGGUUGGAUCCUGAUACUUGUUUUACCCAAAGAUACUUUUUAACUGCCACUUUCAUUUGGUUUCAGGAUAAAAGCCACUGGAAAACUUGUAAAGAAUUCAUUAAGACACAAACUAAAUAACAAUUUGUCUGUAGUAGGAUUUUCUAAAUAAUUCCAAAACUAAAAAACCAAAAAAGUGGCAGAUUUUUUUUUUAAAAAAAGAAAUAUUUAUUUAUCAGAACUGUGCAAUCAUCAUUUUCCUUCCAGGGUGUAUGUGGAACAAUAGGCACAUACCCUCCUCACCCCUCAUGCCUCUUUCAAUAAACUUUUUUAUGUGCAAUUUUUAAUUUGACAGAAGAAUUUACAUGCAAAGCAAAUUUCAUAUGAGAUGAUCUUUUACAAAGCCUCCACUUUAUUUUUAAUAUCAGAGUCUAUGCCAAGUUGGCAUCCGUCAAGUUGCAGAGUUAGAUCGUGUGGAUUGCAGACACAUUACUAGAGAUGGGUAUAUUUUAAAAAUGAGACACGCUUUGCUUUCUUUUGGUCAGAAAAGCAGAUCAAGACACUUACCAACAAAGUCUCUUGCAUUUUCUAAAGCAUUCAGAACUAUUUAUUUUUGUAAAUUUUAUAGUCUUUCUACAUUUUACUACGUUAUUUCAUCAUAGUUCAAAAUAUAAUGGACUUCUAGUUGGAUGUGUUUAGCACUACCUCUGAGCUGAAAUGCUUUAACUCUUUCCAGUGCUUCAUCUAAGACUGCAGAUCUUUUUGUUUCCUUUAUUUUUUUUUUUUCCUGGGGGAAAGUACUUCUAAUGCAUUGAGCUGAUCCUUUGACAGUGACCUAGCUGAUUUGUGAAAUCAAGGGUAUUCAAUGUUUAAAAACUUUUAAGUAUUUACAAAUGUAAUUUAUAUGUAGAUUGUGCAAUUUAACAUUUUUCUGUCAGUAUUAUGUGCUUAGAUUUUGAAUAAUCUUGGCGUUCUUUAAAUUAAAACUUACUAUGUACAGGUAGCUUUUUAUUCUGUUUUGGAAAACACUGUCCUCCAACCCUGCUUUCACUACAAUGUUUUAAGAUGAUUUUUAUGUGCAAUAUUAUUUAAAAAGAUACACAUUUUGUAUACCUGGCAUUGUGGGAAGAAACGCUUCAAAACUUAAAAACCUCUAGCACCUUUUGGAGGAUACUCAGAGAGUCAGCCAUUUCUGUGUCCUUUAAGAAACAAAGCUGAGAACACUUGUUGCAACAUGAGUGCUCACUGCUCCGAGUGCUCCUGGAACACCCGUGGCUGAGUCAGUGCCGAUGACUCAGCCCUGCCGCGCAGCUGCGUCCGGGAGAGCUCCGUGUCCGACUGCGGGGAUGCGGCGCCGGGGCCACCUGGGCCUUGGAACCGUCGUGCUGCGGCCCCAGCCCGUGCUGGGGAAGGAGGGGCACGUGUGGCAGGUGUGUGAAUAAGGAUGUAUAAACACACUCAUGAGCUGAAGAUGAGAUUUGCAGUGAGAACUGUUUUUCCACGAGACAGUUUGGAUACCGUGUCUCAGCCUGAACUGAGGUCUGUGUCCAUCCCUGCUACCGUCUUCUGAAUUACACACUUGCACAUUACUUUUUGGUUUGGGUUGUUUGUUUUUUUCUCUCCUUGUUUUUUUUUUUUUUUAAUGAUAAAACUUCUACUUUGUUCUUGAGAGCUGCAGCACCUGUCUUGAAAAAUUGCAGUUGUAAAAGCUUUGCUUUGGUUUGUUUGUAUUUUUGGGGUUUUUUGUUGUUCUGCUGAGACUUUUCACGAACGGGGCAUCAGCAGAGGAAAAAAAUGUUGCCUCUAUGUUGCAUCUCACAGAAGUUGAAAUCCUGGCCCUACUGAAGGGGCCAGGGUGUCACCUGGUAUUUCUAGUCUUAACUGAUGCUGUGGCACACCUACCUUGUGCAAAGAUCUCCAUUUUUUACUGUGACUCUCUUGGUUAACAGUUAGCUGCCGAUAUCAUUUGGUAUCCCAAGCCAGUGGAGAACCACUUCAGGUCACAUCCUUUGCAGCCAUCUGGGUUGUUUAGCAACCGAAGGGUAUAAAUGUAUUUAUAUGCAUAUAUUGUAUUGAUUCUAAUAUAAAACUUCUGAUCUAAAGUAUUUUGAAUUGCUGGAUAAAGGGAUUUGUUUGAAGAGUGUAUAAAUAGUUCUUGAAGAGGUACAACUUCAGAAUGUACACAGAUUGUGCAUUGUGUAUAGACUACUCUGGCUUUUCCUCAGCCUCUACUUUUGUAUUAAAAAAUGACUGAAUAAAUCCUUGAAAUAUUAAGGGCCUUCUGCACUGUGAUGAAACAGAGUUGUGGUUAAAAAAGUCUUUAAAUUCAGUGAUGAGGGAAAAAAUAAAAAGACUGCAUCUAAUUUCUUUUUGCAUUUAAAAAUACAGAGUGUUACUAUGCAGUAAAGAUAUUUUGGUAUGAAAAUCGUAUCAUGUAGCAAAUAGUGAACACUUAAUAAAUCCACUUACCUUGCAGCACCUACUGAAACAGAACGGAAGACAACUCGCUUUUCAGCAUUUACAGACUAAAGAUUUUUGUAUACUGCAGAGGAAGAUUAAAUUGUUGGUAGAUGUUUUUUAUCAACAAUUCAAAAUGGAAUUUUUGUUCAAGUCCUUGCUACAAAGCUCUGUUUCUAAUUGGUUGCUUGUGUCACAGUGCCAAGACCAUGAGCUGGUGUGUAAUGCAGUUCGGUUAUGUAUGGAAUUAUGUGCAAAGGGAAGUUUAAUUUUUAAAUAUGCACAAACUAAUUUUAAAAUCCUUCCAUGUAAAAUGAAGUUAGAGGCUAGUUGUGGUGGACCUAUUUAUUGUAUGUUUGGAAAUAAAAGCCACAGUUUUGCAGUUUAA